AUGAUAUUGCUAAAGUUUCUACCUCAAAACAGUUCUCCUCCUAAACGUGUGGAUAAGUUUUUAGCUGAAAUGAUAUGUUGUGGGAAUUGGGAGCCUGUGGAUACAUCAAGGGCAGUGGCCCUGAUCAAGGCUAGAAUUAAGUGUAGGGAAGAGUAUAUUUAUAUUCAUGGAUGGUGUAAUGAUUUUCCUGUAGCAAAUGAUGAAGAGCGGAAAGAAAUACUUAGACAGUUUGCUGAAGUUUUGAAAUCUUUUUGCUCCAAUGAUACUCUUCCAUGUAGCCUUUGGGACUGGUUGAUACAUUACACAGAAGAGAAUGUGAAGCUACCUCAAGUUCAUGGGUGCUAUCUUGAGAGAUGUAGCUUCUUUAAGAAUCCUCAGUGCAUCUGCUUCUUAGAUCUGAAGAACCUCAAACAUAUACUCGAAUUUGUUAAGCAGUUCACUACAGAUGUUCGCGCAGGAUUAGUUUUAGCAGUAGUUGAUCGGUUAUGGGGAAAGUCCCUGGUCAAUGAAAGAAGUGAUCUUGAGCGAGGAGGUUUUAAUCUGGUUUUGGAUGAGAGAUUGUUGUAUGUAGGAGAGCAUGGUUUUGAUGACUUAGGUAAAGUAACUGGAAUUUAUGAGCAUGUGAUACCUAAGGGUGAUGAGAUUGUCUCUUGGGUUCUAGACUGCCAAGAAAUGGAUACAAAUUUCGUGUCUCAAGUGGCAGAAGGUGUACACAACCUUGAGAUAUGGUUAGCAAUUUUGAGAAUAGUACGGUCCACGGCUAGGAAUUGA